GCGCAACAAUAGAGCAAGCGCUCGCGGGCGGUUCGGCGAAGAUUUCUAUCUCUUGGCAACUCUCGCUCUCUUUAGUGGCGCACAUGCAAAGUUGGGGCUGAGAGAAGGGGGGUCCGGACUGGGUUCGGCUGCCCGUUGAAGGCAGCUUUGGUUGGUGGGGCUGUAGCUGGAGGAAGGGAGAGGCAGAGGAGGCUGAGAAAAAUCAGAGGGCGGCUGAGACAGGAGCGCGGGCGCGAAUCAGGAAGUUGGAAAUUGUUGCACUCUGAAGUCUGAAACCUGGCGGGGGUCAGAGGAAUCCUCUGUCUCCUGCCACGGUUAGCUUGGCUUGGCUUGCCUGCGAUUGUGACAAGCUGGAAUCUUGGACAGGCACUGGGACCGCUGCGUCUCCAGGGGCUCGUGCGGGCUUCUGGCGGGACGGUGUUUUGUAAUAUUGGCAAGCGAAGGAGUGCAGCUGUUCUCCUUUCCUCGGAUUGUAGCAGGAGCGGUUGCCGUCGGGUUCCGCCGUAAGUUCUUGCCAGGGAAGAAAUCAGCGGGAGUGAGCUGGGGCGAGUUCUGCUUCGCCGCGUGGUUGAGAAGAGAUGGAAUGGCUGGGGAGUCAUUGCAUUGGUUUCGGAGCUUGGGGGCUUUGAUUCGUGGGGAGCAAGGAAGCCCCGACUUCCGCUACCCUAGGAUCCACGUUCCUUCUGGGGGAGAUUGAGCCAGAGCAACCAAGAAGGUCGGGGGCCGUUGUUUGUUUGCUUCCUCGAAGAGUAAACGCCCUUCCCCGAAGUUAGGUAACGCAGAUGCGUUCUAGAGGGGAGGGGGGGUGAUUGUGGAGGAAGGACUAAGACGCAUCAGACUUUUUUUGGAGGAGAAAAAGUUCUCGGUUUUUGUAAUUUGAACGGCUUCAGAGUGGCUUGGAGGGACACGGGCUAUUAGACAAGCUGAGCAACUCGUUGGCCUCUCGCGGAGGGUGGGGAGGCUGUUCCAGGAAGGGCCUGGCGUUUCCCUCGCCCCGUUGAACCCGCGGGAGUCUUGUUGAGGUAUUAAAGGAGCAUCGGUGGGGAGAGGGCCCUGAGCCUCCGCGUCUUCCCUGGCAGCCACGGCGGCAGUCCUUCUUGGUCGAGAUGGAACUGAGGUCUGAGAUGACCAGCGUCCCCACGGCGCCCUCUGCGGUGCCCCCCAGUUCGGUGGCGGCGGCGGCGGCGGCAGCGGCAGCGGCCAGCCUGCCGGUGAGCGUAGCCGGGAGCCUUCUGCGAGGCCCGCCGUUGCUCCUGCGAGCUGCCGAGAAGUAUCCGCGUACCCCCAAGUGCGCUCGCUGCCGCAACCACGGCGUGGUGUCUGCGCUUAAGGGCCACAAGCGCUACUGCCGCUGGAAGGACUGCCUGUGCGCCAAGUGCACGCUGAUCGCCGAGCGGCAACGCGUCAUGGCCGCCCAGGUGGCGCUACGGCGGCAGCAGGCUCAGGAGGAGAACGAGGCCCGCGAGCUGCAGCUGCUCUAUGGCACGGCCGAGGGGCUGGCCCUGGCCGCGGCCAACGGCAUCAUCCCCCCGCGGCCCGCCUAUGAAGUCUUCGGUUCCGUGUGCAGCGCCGAUGGAAGCUCGGGGGGUUCAGAAGUCAAGCUGCAGAAAUUUGACUUGUUCCCCAAGUCGCUUCUCACCAGCCGCUCCGUGACUCCUCAACAGAACAAGACUUUGUCGCCGGAUGGGACGGACGACGCGCCAGGCACCUCAUCCCCGGAGCCGACUCGACACAACUGUGGCUCGGGCUCGGAGAACGGCGACGGCGAGUCCUCCGUCAGCUCGCCAGUCUCCAAAGACGCCAAAGACGGCAGCGGGGGCGGCGGAGCCGAGGAGGAGAGCACAGGCUCCAUCAGCCCACUGGGCUCCGACUCGGGUUGCUCUGAGGCAGAACGGGACGAAGUGGGCGCUCCCUCGCCUGGUUUGGCUGUUGCUGCCGCGGCCGCCGUAGCGGGGAGCAGCCGGCAGCAGCGGACGCCGUUGGACAUCCUGACGCGCGUGUUUCCCGCACACAAGCGCAGCGUGCUGGAGCUGGUCCUGGCCGGCUGCGGCGGCGACGUGGUGCAGGCUAUCGAGCAGAUCCUUAACAACCACCACCACCACCACCGGGCAGCAGGCGGCAGCCCAGGCCGAGCACUUUCCGCCGCCUCUGGACUUAGCUCGGUAGGGCCGGACAAGGCGGGCGACGAGAGCUGGGCGCGGGCUCCUGGAGACGCGCCAGGGACCUUGGGUGGCCUGCAGCCUUCGUCGGCUGCCGGCACUUCGCAUCACCGCCCUCUUUUAGCCGGCGCCAUGACCCCGGCCAUCGGCGCGCUGGGCAGUCGCUCCGCCUUCUCCCCUCUGCAACCCAACGCUACCCAUUUCGGGACGACGGCUGAGGCCGGCGCCUACCCCUUAGGCACGCACUUGAGUUUGAGCCCGCUGCGCCUGGCUUACUCUGCCGCAGCGGCGCACAGUCGCGGCCUGGCCUUCAUGACCCCUUACUCCACGGCGGGGCUAAUGCCCACGCUGGGCUUCCGGCCGCCUAUGGAGUACGCCUUCAGCGACCUCAUGCGGGACAGAUCGGCCGCGGCGGCGGCGGCGGCGGCUGCUACCGCCGCCGCCGCCAGCGCGCACAAGGAGCAGGCGUACCCAAAUGGCCUUUACGGGCCCUUGGUGAAUAGCGCCCCAGACAAACAGUAGGCCGCAAAGCCGGUGGCUGGAUUUUCUAUGUACAUAUAUAUGCAUAGAGAGAGAUAGAAAUAUAUACGAUAUAAAUUUGUGCCCAAGCGCACAUCCGAGAGGUGCGCAAAGGGCAGCUGAGGCAGCGAAUUCUCGGAAGGCGGCGGGGGAGCGACCUGGUCUAACCGAGGGCUCGAUUCCCCGCCAGUAUCACAGCGGGUCUUAAACGCCGCUUAUCCUCAGAUAACGGUACGCACCACUUAGAAGUAUGUUCCCCGGAAAGUGAGGCAGCGGAGUAGUCCAAGGUUGGAGCUGAGGUGGUUGUGGUGGGGCUACAGCACUUUUCGCGGAGCAAAGGAGGAGAAGGAGGAGGAAGAGAAGGCGCAGUCUCCUCAGCAGCCGAGUGAACGGGACAUAUUACCAGUGAUUUAAGGCAGAAUUUUGCAAAAAUGUCAUGGCCCGAGAUAUGUAACGUGUCUAUGGGCAGCACUGUUGUCGAAUUUUUCUGUCGGUUUCUGUAAGUAACAGUGGGAAAUCACCUUGUCGCCCCCCCCCCCAGCCUUGGUUUCGCCUGACUUUUAGGUGAUGCGGGUUUCAUUUCACACUCAUUUGUUGGGACCACAAGUGAUCAAAUGUAUGAAACUUGGCGAACCUCUAAAGUGUGUUGAUUAAGCAAAAUGAGUAAAUUGCCUUUUUACUGUUAAAGUUGUCCCUCAUUAUUAUAUUUUGCAUAUAGCUGUAAACAUGGAUAUUCCCUCUUUCGGGCGGCAUUCCAUACUUCUAUCUGUAUCUCUAUACCUGCCAGUGUAUAGCAUAAUAUUAAAAAAUGGGAAUUUAAAUUAUUAAUGUAAUUUGUAGGUGAAGUUAUUAUUAAUGGUAAAUGAAACGGUUAGUCAGUUUUCAUUUUGGAGACACGUCAUCAUAGAGAUUAAACAUACUGUAAAAAAGAAUUAAUUCUUCGUUCUGUCUAUUCCCAGGAGAAAUUUAAUGUGUAAAUAAGGUUAAAAAGUAAAUAUAUUUGUAAUUGUCGUUUCCUUUGGACUCGAUCCAAAGGCCGUUGUUGGCCCGAAUUUAAUGAAUGAUCCAAACGAAAAUGCUGUCUGAUUUCAGCGUAACAAAAUUCUUGCCACUUCAAACAGGGUUUUUCUGAAUUUGUUUUUCCCUUCUGUUUUCAUUUCAUAGAAAACUAGAAAUAAAUAUUAUUUUGUAUUAAAACCUGCCACAGUAAUAACUUCUGCUGUUUCGUUUAUUUGCAGUACUUUAGCUUCUAAGGGCAAUUCCAAUUUAUAUCAAGUGAAGAACUGAUUUCAGAUGAUUUUUUCGGUAAUCCUGGCAGCUUCAAUUAAACUGGUCAAUCCAAUAAGCGAUUCUGUCAGUAAUAGGUAACCAAUUCUGCAGUUCAAAUACACAUUAUAUCAUAGUUACAAUGUUCUUACUGCAAGGGUUUUGGAAAUCUCUUUCAAAGCUAGAACAAUUUUUCCCGUAAAAGGUCAUGUUUAUAGUGGUGAACCUAAGACUGAGAUUCUGCAGAUGUGAAUUAUCCUGUCUUUUGAACUUGUGAAACACCAUUCCUGGUCUCCUUACCUGAGAAUAAGCCCAUUUAUAUUCAGUAGGAUUUAUUUUUGAACCAGUGCGAUAAUGUUUCAUUUGUGCAUAACUCUAUAAAAUAUUAUUUUACUGCUUUUGAUUAUGAUGGCAAAAUCCAGCAAUUUAAACCUGGGAUAUUAUUUGUCUCAAAUUUACCAAUAAGAGCAUCUAUUCCUCUUCCCCUGCAUUUUGAAAUUUACAUUCUACUUUUUAAUUUUCAAUCAGACAGGAACACACAUUGAAUUUCUGAUCUAGGAAGCUUCCUAGCUCUUGGCCAAUAGAUUGUCUAUAAGAAAACUGACUGACAAAGGACAGCGGAAAUUUUUAUUCAAGCCAGCUCUCUGGACACUUUUUGCUUUUUUAUAAAAGCUAAUUUACAGAACUCUGACAAGAUAUUUUUUCAUUCUGAAUGCUGCCUGGCCAUUACUAUUGGGAGUCUUUGGUACUAUAUAUCAAUUGAUAUAUCAAUCAAUAUCAAUAUAUAUAAUUGCCCUUCAUGGAAAGAAAUCCUAAUGGUCAAAAAAUCAUUCAGGACUUGGAGGAAGAAAACAAUAACCAAGACUCCCUUUUUUCUAUGUUGCUAAAUAAAGCUAUGAAGCAAAAGAGCUGGUAGGAAUCUCCUACUGUACCUCCCUAAGGAUAAUGCUUCUGUAGGCUGGAUUUUUCUUUUUGUCCUGUGGAGUGUUUGGCCCAGGAAAACUAUUACUCACAAAGAACAAGUUCAGUGCAUGGUUGAAUUAAGACAGUAAAAGCUCCUAAAAUUGGUUGGUAUGGAAACCUAAUCCCACCCAACUGUUCUGUAGCACAGCUGGACUGUUUACUUUCUCACUUCAAAUAUAACUGUGUAAACAUUGGCUUGAAACUGAGGGCUCUGCUUCUAUAACCAGUUCAUAUAAUGUUGUUGGAGAAAAUGGGACUUCCUUGGAGGUUAUGGGGAGAAAAUAAUAACAGUAAUAAAUAACAUUCUUGGUUAGGACUUUAACUGUUGUUUUUACCAAUCCAGACUGUGAAUCGAAUUGAAGAUUAAAUAUAAUA